GGCAAUCUGCGCUGGAGCCCGCGCCCGCCCUGGCCCGGCCGCGCCGGGAUCCCUGCCCGGAGCUGGAGCCGCACCUGGAGCCGCGGGCCCGGGGCCCUGAGCCGCGCAGCCGGCGCAUGGUCAACUCGCUGCUGUUCGGGGAGAUGGCCUUGGCCUUCGGCUGCCCGCCGGGCGGCGGCGGCGGCGGCGGCUGCCCCGGCGGGGGCGGCGGCGGCGGCGGCGGAGCCGGGCCCGGGCCGUCGCCCGUAACGGCGGCGCUGCGGGACGACUUGGGCUCCAACAUCCACCUUCUGAAAGGACUCAACGUGCGCUUCCGCUGCUUCCUGGCCAAAGUGCACGAGCUGGAGCGGCGCAACCGGCUGCUGGAGAAGCAGCUGGAGCAGCAGCAGAGCGAGCGCGAGCGGCGGCUGCGCUACAAGACCUUCUCCCGCGAGCAGGCCGUGCAGACCGGGCCCGAGCUGCUGCGGCCUCCCGCGCCGGGCGGCGGGCCGGGGGUCGGCUGCGCGGCGCCGGGCGCCAACGCCAACGCCGCGGCCCCGGUGGCCCCCGGCGGCGGCUCGCACCCGCAGCACUACGGCCGCCUGCCCGGGACCAUCUGGAGCUACACGCAGGUGCGGCGCACGGGCGGCGGCGGCGUGGAGACGGUGCAGGGCCCCGGCGUGUCGUGGGUGCACCCCGACGGCGUGGGCGUGCAGAUCGACACCAUCACGCCCGAGAUCCGCGCGCUCUACAACGUGCUGGCCAAGGUGAAGCGGGAGCGCGACGAGUACAAGCGGAGGUGGGAGGAGGAGCUGGCCAAGCGCAUGAACCUGCAGGCCAUGGUGGAGACGCUGCAGGAGGCGGCGCAGGAGGCCGACGCCAUCCAGGAGGAGAUGAACGAGAAGAUCGAGCGGCUCAAGGCCGAGCUGGUGGUGUUUAAGGGGCUCAUGAGUGACCCCAUGACAGACCUGGACACAAAGAUCCAAGAAAAGGCCAUGAAGGUGGACAUGGACAUCUGCCGCCGCAUCGAUAUCACGGCCAAGCUGUGCGAUGUCGCACAGCAGCGGAACUCGGAAGACGUGUCCAAGAUUUUCCAGGUGGUCCCCAAAAAGAAAGAGCGGAAGGUGGCUUCGGAUGACGACCUCUCGGAGCAGGACGGGGAGGUGAACCGCUUCUCGGACGACGAGGUCGGCUCCAUGAACAUCACGGACGAGAUGAAGCGCAUGUUUAACCAGCUGCGGGAGACCUUUGAUUUUGAUGACGACUGUGACAGCCUGACGUGGGAGGAGAAUGAAGACACGCUGCUGCUGUGGGAGGAUUUCACCAACUGCAAUCCGUCCAUCGACCUGCAGGGGGAGCAAGAGGAAAACUUGGGCAACCUGAUUCAUGAGACGGAAUCCUUCUUCAAGACACGAGACAAGGAGUACCAGGAGACCAUAGGCCAGAUCGAGCUGGAGCUGGCCACAGCCAAGAGCGACAUGAACCGGCACCUGCAUGAGUACAUGGAGAUGUGCAGCAUGAAGCGGGGCCUGGACGUGCAGAUGGAGACCUGCCGCCGGCUCAUCAAGGGCUCCGCAGACAGGAACUCGCCAUCGCCCAGCUCGGUAGCCAGCAGCGACUCUGGGAGCACGGACGAAAUCCAGGAGGACUUCGAGCGGGAGGCGGACGUGGAGCCCAUGGUCAGCUGAUGACCGAGGACCCGAGCGUGCCUGGUGGUCCUGGAGAUGGGGCCCCGCCCCCCCUUCUCCGGAAGCCCCGAGGGACCGCUGCUUCCUUCCAGCACCCCCACCACCACCCCCGGAGCCCUUCUCCGUCACCACCCGAGGAAUGGUGCUGUCAAUUUCUAUCGUUCUCCACACGACAAACGCAGACUUCUGUCCAGAUGCAGUGUGAACUGUGCCUUCUCCCUUAAGCUGAGCCACUUUGAGCUCCAAAGAAUUAUUCCUAGCAGGGGUUUUUAUACGAAACUCAAGGGGAGGGCGGGGCCGGGAGGGGGUGGCAUGGGGUGGGCGGCUGCCCCCUCCCCCGCCCACGGCUGCCCGCUCCUCUGCUCGGCCUGAGCGGUACCCUCCCUUGCCCUGUGCAGCCGUGAGCCCCCCGCCCCGCAACCUUUCCAGGCCUGGAGUGGGGGGGUCUCCCAGAUGUUCUCAGUGGACACAGAGAAAAGUGGCAGAAAGGGAGGGAAGACAAAUUUUGAUGUUCUUUUUGGAUGCAGUGGCCAAGUGGAGGGACAAGGCACAGUGGGAGCAGGUGGAGCCUCACUGUGUUCAAACUACUAUGCAAAAAAAAACAAAAACAAAAACAAAACAAAACAAAACUAACACAACAAGCAGCUUGCCUUAUCUCACGGUGGAAGGCAGGCCCUCUCCCAGGCUCCUGGGGUCCCCCUGGAGCUGGGCAGGCAGCCGGGGUCAAGGGGACCUCUCUCCCAGCCUCCAGGGGUGAGCACUGGCUGCGGAGGGGCCAGGGCCAAGGUUGCUGCGAGGCCCGGCCCGCUCAGCUGCUUGCUUUGGGACCUCAGUGGGUUGGGGUGGGGGUGGGGAGGGCUCUUUUAUUGCCCUGAUGACUUGAUGUUCUCUGUGAGAAAGUCUGAAGGGGCCAGGCCUGGCACCGUCUCCCUCCUGCGGCCGAGCUCCGGUCCCGGCCGGCCCCUGGUGGCCGCUGGCAGCAGAGAGGCAGGGGGAGGCAGUGAGGGCUCCUGGCAGAGCAGCAGCCGGGAGUCAGACCCACCCCUGCUGUGCCCGCUUGGACCUCUGCACGGGGAGAUCAUCUGAGCCAGUGUCUCCCCCGGACUCGAGUGGUCCUAAGUUCAAGGGCACUGUGAUGAGACCGUCCCCAUCCCCCAGCCCCAGAUCACUGCUGGAAACCAGCCCAGCCGGCUUCGCCUUUUUUUUUUUUUUUUUUUUUGUGCCCACUGCAGAGGUGUAACGGCCAGUUUUUGUUUUCGUUGGCCCAGGAGCGCCCUCUGGAGAUGAGAGGAGCUACAUGUGCCGUAGGACCAGGACUGACUCCCCACUGUCUUGUCUGGAGGCAGAGGAGGGGGCCCCGCUCCCCCCCUCCAUCUGUCCCUUGCAGGGCACCCUCAGCCUUUAAGGGCCUUCUCUUUCCUCCGUGUCGCCCACGUGUCUGCAGUCUUCAACCCGUUGUACAUACUGUUUCAUGUGUAGAGAGAAUGUGUCGGGGGCCGCAUGCGAUGUAAUAUUUAUCAGAAUUUGGUGGCCUUUAUCAUGAGUUUUCCCCUUUGUUUUGUUCUGCUGGGGGGUGGUCGGGCCUCUCGUGUUUGCCAGGCAGGCCCCUUGGGUGGGUAGGUCCGUGGAGGGACCCUGGGCUUGGAAGGGGCCCUUCCUCCCCCUCCCCCUCCCCAGCCCUUGUUGUCAAGGUUACAGGGUUCCGACACACGUGAUACUGACCGUUGUUCUCCUUGUUUUCUUUUUAUUUGAACCAAAGGUUAUCAGAGCCAGUUGGGCCUGGACCUCAGCUGCUGAAAAGAUUUUCCGUUUAAAUGAGGGCAGGGAAGCGGCUGUCACCAGGGUCUCCUCGGACCAGGGCCGAGGGCGGCAGGUGCACGGGGUGGGGGUGGGUGCAAGUCAGCCAGGGGGGUGACAGGUGCAUCGGUAGUGUGAAGAGAGUCAGGGGGCUGUGUGCGUGCGGAGGUGUGGGGCCGCCGGCGGCGCCUUCCCCGUCUCCCUUGCAUUCGUAGCUCAUCCGUCUGUGGGGACCAGGGUGUUCCAAAUCCGUCCAUGGAGUGUGGAAAUGGCCUGGGAGAGGCCUGGCCAGAGGGUUCCUUCCUUGCAGGCUUUGCACAUCCGCUCUCCCCUGGGGAGCGAGGACUUGGAGCAGGUGGAGGAGGAAGAGGGAAGAGCCAGGUGUGGCCAUCUCCUGCCUCCCGGGCUGGCUCCUGGGUCUCCCCCUGGCCGCCUCCCGUCCCGCUGAGUUCUUUUUAAGUUAAAUGCCAGAUGGCCCCGCUUGUCCCCUCACCAUGAGCCCACAACUUGCCAAGAAAGACCCGAGCGCUCGCUGGGGCAGCCCCCGGCCCCGCUGGGACAGACCCGGCCCAUCCUUUGUAAGGCUGUAAAUACUUGGUUUUGGUUUUCUACUUCUCAGCCCGGUGUCAUAUUGACAUUGGUAUUUCCGGACUGCGCUCACGCAGGCUCCCCCGCUCCUAUCCUGGGGGUGGGGGGUGUUAGACAAGCAGAGGAUUACAGAGGAGCACAGAGAGGGGCGUCCGUUGUGCUCUCUGGUUGUGAAACACACUCACUCACACUCACUCACACUCACAGUGUCCUCUGAGCCUCUGACCUCGGAAGAAAACGUAUCAGCAAGCAAAUGCAUUUUGCUGCCUCGUGGCCAGGUGUCUGGAGGCCUGCGCGGGUGGAGCGCAGGUGCCCCGCGGGGGGAGUCACACCACCUGGGCUUGGGAUGGGGGGGAGGGUGCUGGGGUAGGGGCCAUCGAGGGUGUAACUUAAGUGAAAAGUAAUCUAUUUAUAAAGCAAGAGACUCGUCUAUUUUUAUGAAAGGAAGGGGUUUUUAAUCCAGGGUAGGCAGUUGUGCAGCCCAGCGCUUUCCUGUGGACAGAGCAACUGUGCAUGUAGCCGCCGGCGUGGACACCGCCAGCGCCCCUCUCCCCGCCUCACCCCUGCUCAUGCACACGCGGGAGCGGCUUCGGCGGAGUACCCCAUUUCCUCUUGCCUGGACUGGGGACGAGGGGCAUUCCUCAGACCUGGGCUCGUCCCCUGAGACCCCGGCCUCUGGUGGCGAGGGCACCCUCCUAGACUGGGGGUCUGGGGCGCCGGCAGGUGGGGGUGGUCUGAGUAGAACCAGAUUCUGUGCAGUGGGGCUUUUCCACGAGUAGGUUUCCAGGCUGGGGUGAGCCGGGUGUGGGUAUUGGGGAAACCCCUCACCAUUCCCUCUCCCUCCCAAGCCCUCAAAGAGGCCCCCGGCCACGCUCCCCCCACUUCCUUGUGGACACUUCAGCAUCUGCCUGAUUUGUAACCCACACCCCUCCAACACCUGUUGCUGUUGUCUGCCCGCUGGGUCUAACAUCGCGGGGAGGGGUCUCCACUGCUGGAAAGACUACUGAUCCUACCGGAAGCCCCCCGUUUACUGUACUGUUGUAAAUAUCAUGCCUUUAUAUCCUGUAUAUUGGCUUCUUUUAAAUAAAGUGAAAUGUCUUCGAA